AUGGCGAAUCAAAUCGAACAACAGGACACGAACGCUUUGUUGUCAUUGUCUUCGUCGCCGUGGCAUCAAUCGUACUUAUGCUGUGGCGGGUGUGGCCGGCGCGUCUCAGACCGGAUAUCCGCGGAGCCAUCGGCGCCGGUUUGUCGCGCUUCAAUCAAUGGGCUCUGUCUGGCCAGGCUGGAGCAGGUAUUGAGCAAGCUCGAUUGGUCCGUAGAGUCUGAAAUUUGGAGAAAUUACCGGUCGAAGUUGGAGCAACCUCACCCGAGUCACACCAAGGUCGUCGAGGCGCUCUCGAACUUGAAGGUGAGUGCUGUGUAAGGCGCCGCUCCGCUUACGCCUCACGACGACCUCGAGCCAACCUCUGCGGCCUCACGCUUGCCCUCGCGCGCGGCGCCGCCGCGUCUCUUGACCUUAGUCCUUUUAGUAGUCUUUCUUCGCCUGCGAAUUACACCGUUUGAUCCUUUCUGUUUGGACUCGGAAUCAGUGAGGCUCGAGAGCGAUCUCGUGCCUUUCAUGCUGCAGUGAGCACUGGCUGAGUUUCAAAGACCCGAAGGUCCCAAACUACUAGUGGUCACAUCACUGGGCCGUGUACACAUCCCACACGCCGGAGAAUCCGGAUCUGAACCUAUUCCUCUCUCACACACUCUUGUCAUCCUUUCACCGUGUGCAGGAAGAAGCUUCCAUCAGAGACUGGCCCCUGUCGACGAGGACCCUUUCGCAGAUAGGCACGCCUGUCGGAAUCUCGCAGAGCGCGCCAUUUCCAGCACGGAUUCGUGAAGGCCCUGCGAUGAUGCGAGAGGGUGAUGGGCCGGGGAACUAA